GUGAGGGCAGGUUGGUGCUUGCCUUCAUCCAAGAUGGCGGCAUUAGACUUCCAUUCCUCCCCUCACCCCCUUCCUUUUUUAUCGCUUUCGAAGUCUCGGGUUAGGUCUCUUUAGAAGUUUUCAAAGAACACUCAAUACAGAAAAGCGAAAGAGAGAAGGCACAUUUCCCACACCGCUGUUUUUCGGGGCUCUAGCGCCGACAGCUCAGCGCGGGGCCGGCCUGGUGGCGGGGCAGAACUACAGGUCCCGGGAGGCGGCGGGGCGAGCCCGCGUGCAGCGAGGGGCGGGCGGCGGGAGCGCCGGCGGGAAGCGGCGCGCCGAGGUUAUUUUAUUUGUGUUGAGUUCUCCAGCGUGGCUCAUCAUGCAGUACUUGAAGCAAUUCUACCAGUCUUCGAAUGCAAACCAUUUCAGAGAGAAAUGAGACACUUCCCCAGAGAGUAAUAUUAAUUGAAUUCUGUUCUUUUUGUGCAAGGGUAGAUCUGUACCACUCCAACUCUAUUUCUUUCUUUUAAAUGGUGAAAAUAUGGUAACCUACAGACUGUUGCUAACAGAAGAAAGAAAACUUUAACUACUCACAAAUGCUUCCUGUCAGAAUGAAAUUCCUACAGCUACUGUCCAGGAAACCAGGGAAACUGGAAAUGCUUUUUCAAAUACCUUUUUGCCAAAAGCAGUUCCCAUAUAUGUGUCUGGGUACCUCCGUGUGUCUUUCUAGUAAAAAGAAAAAAGUCAACAGUUAUGAACAAGUUGAUCAAGAAAAAUACAAGAACUUGGUCUACUCUGUUACAUCUUACAAAACCAGCAGCCAAAGACCAGAGACAAUACUUGAAGAAGACAAUUUGUUAUCUGGGCCACCAGGUAAACACAGACCUCCAGUGAAAGGUGGAACAAAAACUCUGAAGAACUGGGUUCCUUUAAUAAACCCCAACAAGAGAAGUACCCUUCUCAACAGUGAUUCAAACCUCCCCAUGAAAAUAGCUUUACAAAAAACGAAAAUGCCCAGCGUUACCCAUAUUCUUCAGCAGACUAUUUCUCCUCAGCAAGCCUUUUAUCUGGAAAGAUGGAAGCAGAAAAUGAUACUGGAACUUGGAAAAGAUGGUUUUGCAGAGUAUACUAAAAAUCUCUUCCUCCAAGGAGAGCUCUUUCAUGCAGCUUUGGAAUCUGUGUUCCUGUCUGAAGAGAUGGGAACUAAGGAGGAGAGAGAAGAUGUUGAUAUUUCUGGCUACUUAUCAAGUGUGCAGCAUGUCUUAAAAGAUAUCAGUGAAGUGAAAGCUCUGGAAAGUGCAGUUCAGCAUGAGACUCUUCAGUAUCUGGGCCUGGUAGACUGCGUGGCUAAGUAUCGUGGCCAGUUGUGUGUGAUUGACUGGAAAACAUCAGAGAAAUCAAAGCCAUCUCUGAAGAAUACUUUUGACAACCCAUUACAGGUUGCAGCAUAUAUUGGAGCCAUAAAUCAUGAUGCCAACUAUGACUUCCAGGUUAGUUGUGGACUCAUUGUGGUUGCCUAUAAGAACGGCUUCCCUGCACAUCCACACUUCAUGGAUCCUGAUCUGUGCUCGCAGUACUGGAAUAAAUGGCUUUUGCGCCUUGAAGAGUACAUGGACAGAAACUGACCCAAACUGAGCUAUGCAGAGGGAAGUCUGAGCACAGAGCCAAAGCAAGAAUUCUUUGUUUAAAGCUGCCAUUUUAAUACACAUUCCUUUUUGAGUAACUUUGGCUAGUUUCUUAAUACUAGGGGGUUUUUUUCCCCCCUAAAAAAAAAAAAAACAAAAAAAAAAAACCCAAAAAACAAAGACAUUUGGAAAAGGAAUGUGUAUUUGCUUAUAUUGUAGGUGACUUCAAUGGACCGGGCAGGAGAAAGUCAACUUAAUUAAUCUCUGUUUUUCCACACACAGUUUACACAACCUGAGGUUGAUAGGAAAGUUUCUAUUAUCAAGUAAAACUGUUCAAUCAAAUCAUCCUGUUGUCAAUUCUGAAAAAACAAAACAAACCAAAAAAUCGUUGCAGAACUGAGGCUUUGAAAAUGAAGCUGCUGAACUAAAGCAAAACAUCUGCAUUGUCUGAGCUGAGAGAAAUGCAAAUUAUAAAGAAAAUAAUAUAGUAGACUGGGUUUCAGUCAACUUA